AUGAAAGAAUAUCUCAUCUUUCUUAUAUUUCUCAACUGCAUUAAUAUCGUUUCAACAAUAAAUAAUGCUGAAAAAAUAUAUUCAUUAGAAACAUGUAAUAUACCAGAAGAAUUCUCAUUAAUAACUCAAAGGGAAUUUAGUCAUCGUUAUGGUGGUAAACAAACACUUACUACACCAGUUGUCUUUCGUCAACUACCAAUCAAUAAACAAUUUCUUAAUAUGAUGCAACUUGAUUCAAUACUUAAACGUUAUGGAAAUAAAUAUAUAACUGUUACAACAGCAAAUACAUAUUCAUAUCAAAAACAAUAUAUUAAAUUAAAUGAUUAUAUAAAUUUACAACGACAAUCAUCAGCAAAAAUUACAAAAUGGGGAAACGAAACACUCUAUUGGUUUGGUGAUGAUUUAUUAAAUGAUCAAAAUUGGCUUAAUCAAAUUUUACGAUAUUAUAAAUCACCGGCAUAUAUUGUUGAUGAUUUUAUUCAACCAUCAUUAACAUUUGGUAUGGGUGGACAAGGUACUGGUGUUCCAUUUCAUUUUCAUGGUCCUGGCUUUCAACAGAUGAUUUUUGGUAGAAAACGUUGGUAUUUAUCUGCUGAAAAACCAUCAUUUGAUCCAAAUGAAACAACAAUACAAUGGGCAACUGAAAAACGUUUUAAAACGAAACAACCAUUUCUUUAUGAAUGUACAUUAAAUCCUGGUGAUAUGAUCUUUUUUCCUAAUUUAUGGUGGCAUGCAACAUUAAAUUUAGAUUUUGCAAUUUUUCUUUCAACAUUUUUAAGUCUAUAG